AUGUCUGGACUUCAGUGUUUUGCCACGGUGCUAAUAAUAAGUUAUUUUCAAUUAAACAAUGUUAUCUCGGACGACGUAAAUUGGGAUUUCAACGUGUUUACUCAAAGGUGGGCGCCGGGAGCUUGUGCAGAUUGGCUAAGCCUCAACGAAACGGCGUCGUGCUACGAAGUACCGACAACCUACUGGAGCAUCCACGGACUUUGGCCCAGUAGCACAACCGGAAACCAUCCCGCCUUCUGUAACGACACUCCUUUAAACAUAACCGAAUUGGUACCCAUCACAAACCAAUUGGUUAAGCAAUGGCCCACCACUAGGAAUUACACCAGCAACUUCCACGACGACUGCGUCUUCUUCUGGGAGCACGAGUGGGACAAGCACGGUACUUGCGCAUUGAGUACCAUUUUCGAGUAUUUUAACGCGAGUUUGGAGUUGAAUGUGAGGUACGACGUCUUCAGGACGCUAGAGGGAGCUGGAAUUGUUCCUGAGGCAACCAGAGGUUACAACUACAAUGACAUAUUUGUUGUGCUGCUGGAGUCUUUUGGUAAGACACCUGAGAUUGCUUGCACGGCAGGAAACUUAAUACAUGAGGUCAGGAUUUGCUUAGAUAAGGAGUCUUCUUUGAUCGACUGUUCGAACAGACAGACAAAUUGUGAUAUAACUCAGGAUAUAUUGUAUAGAUGA